AUGUCUCGGGGGAAGGUGCCCGACCUCGGCCGGGGUGCCGACAUCGCCGGAGAAGGGGCGAUGGGUACCGUCACGGUCUCCCGCUCCCGUCAGGCCGGGCUCGCUGCCCUGCGGGAAGUUGGGAGAGCGUGGAGGGGCUCCUGCGAGAUAAUCCGCGUGCAGUCGCCGGAAGGAGUGAAGCGCAUCACGGCCACGAAGCGAGAAACGGUGGCAACGUUCCUCAAGAAGGUUGCAAAAGAAUUUGGUUUCAGGAAUAAUGGGUUUUCUGUCUACACCAAUAGAAACAGAACAGGAGAGAUCACAGCGUCACAAAACAAAUCCCUCAACUUACUGAAAAUCAAGCAUGGCGAUAUGCUGUUUCUCUACCCCUCGAGCCCGGCUGGCUCCUCCUCAGAGACCAUGGACACCUCUGUCUCCCAAGGCUUGCGGCCUGUGGGGGCCCCCCAGGUGGUGGAAGAUGAGAUCGACCAGUAUCUGAUCAAACAGGAUGGGAAGAUUUACCGAAAUCGAGACCAGCAGCUGUGUCGCCACGGCCCCUUGGGUAAAUGUGUGCAUUGUGUACCACUGGAGCCUUUUGAUGAGGAUUAUUUAAACCAUCUGGAACCUCCUGUGAAGCAUAUGUCCUUCCACGCAUACAUCAGGAAGCUGACCGGAGGGGCAGACAAGGGGAAAUUUGUUGCCCUGGAAAACAUCAGCUGUAAGAUCAAAUCGGGCUGCGAAGGGCACCCUCCUUGGCCAGAAGGCAUUUGCACAAAGUGUCAGCCAAGUGCCAUCACUCUCAAUAGGCAGAAAUACAGGCAUGUUGACAACAUCAUGUUUGAGAACCACACAAUUGCAGAUCGCUUCCUAGACUUCUGGCGGAAGACAGGGAACCAACAUCUUGGGUAUCUGUAUGGCCGGUACACAGAGCACAAAGACAUCCCUCUGGGGAUCCGGGCGGAGGUUGCUGCCAUCUAUGAACCCCCACAGAUUGGUACACAGAACAGCCUGGAGAUCCUGGAAGAUCCAAAAGCUGAGGUUGUGGAUGAGAUCGCUGCAAAGCUUGGACUGAGAAAGGUUGGCUGGAUAUUUACUGAUCUGGUCUCUGAAGACACACGGAAAGGGACUGUUCGAUACAGCAGAAACAAGGACACGUAUUAUCUAAGUGCAGAAGAGUGCAUCACAGCUGGAAACUUUCAGAACCAGCAGCCCAACAUCUGUCGCCUUUCUCCAGAUGGUCAUUUUGGAUCCAAGUUUGUCACAGUUGUGGCUACAGGUGGUCCCGACAACCAGGUCCACUUUGAGGGGUACCAGGUCUCGAAUCAGUGCAUGGCGCUGGUUCGAGAUGAGUGUUUGCUGCCCUGCCGAGAUGCACCGGAGCUGGGCUACGCCAAGGAGUCCAGCAGUGAGCAGUAUGUGCCUGAUGUGUUCUAUAAGGACAUAGACAAGUUUGGCAACGAGAUCACUCAGCUGGCUCGCCCGCUCCCGGUUGAGUACCUAAUCAUAGAUAUUACUACAACUUUUCCCAAGGAUCCAGUCUACACUUUUUCUAUUUCUCAAAACCCAUUCCCCAUCGAGAACCGUGAUGUGCUGGGAGAAACUCAGGACUUCCACAGCUUGGCCACAUACCUGUCCCAAAAUACUUCCUCCGUUUUCCUAGACAUCAUUUCUGAUUUCCAUCUGCUCCUCUUCCUGGUCACGAAUGAAGUCAUGCCUCUGCAGGACAGCAUCAGCUUGUUGCUGGAAGCUGUGAGGACCAAGAAUGAGGAGCUUGCACAGACCUGGAAAAAAUCAGAGCAGUGGGCCACCAUCGAGCAGCUCUGCAGCACAGUCGGUGUCCAGAUCUCAGGACUGCAGGAGUACGGUGCCAUGGGCGGCUCGACGCACGCCGUGUCGGCAGCCAUGUGGGCCUGCCAGCACUGCACCUUCAUGAACCAGCCGGGCACGGACCACUGUGAGAUGUGCAGCCUGCCCCGGUCCUAGCCACGCCGACGCGGCAGCAGACUCCAAUACAGAGCAAACCCUC